AUGGGGAACAGCCAGCCUGCUGCUGUAGAGCUGUCUAAUGAUGCUGCUGUGAAUCAAAUCCAGGACAUUAUUUCAGACAACUGUGUGGUGAUUUUCUCUAAAACAACCUGCCCAUACUGCAAAAUGGCAAAAAACCUCUUUGAGGGUUUGAAUGUGAAUUACACAGUUGUGGAACUGGACAAGAACACAAAUGGGAGGCAGUUCCAAGACAUUCUUGCACAGAUGACUGGUGCCAGAACAGUCCCCAGAGUAUUUAUCAAUGGGACUUGUGUUGGAGGUGCCGAAGAAACUCAAAAGCUUCAUAAGGAAGGCAAACUGCUUCCUUUAGUUCAUCAGUGUCAAAAGCAAGCAAAUUCCUGA